UUCUUUCUUUGAGAUGUCAUGAAGAACUUUAUUUUGAAAAAUACGGCUGACCGGAAAACGACGUGCAUGUCAUCCGGGGAGCGAGGAUAAACUAGCUAAGCUUGCAGGUUAAUGUGGUAACUAAUAUAGAGAAAGGAGGAUGAGCAGCUCAGAGGAGGUGUCCUGGAUCUCCUGGUUCUGUGGACUCAGAGGGAAUGAGUUCUUUUGUGAGGUUGAUGAAGACUACAUACAGGACAAGUUUAACCUGACGGGUUUGAAUGAGCAGGUGCCUCACUAUCGCCAGGCUUUGGACAUGAUUCUAGACCUGGAGCCAGAUGAGGAACUGGAAGAUAACCCCAAUCAGAGUGACUUGAUCGAGCAGGCGGCGGAGAUGCUCUACGGGCUCAUUCAUGCACGUUACAUCCUCACAAACAGAGGCAUUGCACAAAUGUUGGAAAAAUAUCAACAAGGGGAUUUCGGCUAUUGCCCUAGAGUCUAUUGUGAGAAUCAGCCGAUGCUUCCUAUUGGUUUGUCCGACAUCCCUGGAGAAGCAAUGGUGAAGCUUUACUGCCCAAAGUGUAUGGAUGUUUACACACCCAAAUCCUCCAGACACCACCACACAGAUGGAGCGUAUUUUGGGACGGGGUUCCCCCACAUGCUGUUCAUGGUGCAUCCAGAGUAUCGUCCAAAGCGACCAGCCAAUCAGUUUGUGCCAAGGCUAUAUGGUUUCAAAAUCCACCCAAUGGCCUAUCAACUCCAACUUCAGGCUGCAUCAAGUUUCAAGAGCCCAGUCAAGACAAUUCGCUAGAACGCCGCCCGACGAACACAGUGGACUGAAAGACUUUGUUGUUUACUACUUGUUUGAAAGAAUGAAUAAUAUAUUCCAAAUAAAUGCCUGUACAGUUUCCCAAACUUGAAUAGACGCUUAGAUUUAGACAUACUUCUUAUUUAGUGAAACACUGUUACAGUUGAGCAGGAUUUUUCUCUUCCAUAUUUAACGUUGAGCUAUUACCAACGGGUCAAUCUCCUGUAAGUGUUUAACGUUAAUUGAUGUCAAUCCUUUGACUCGAUCAUGAAGUGCUUUGUGGUUUAAUUGAAUGUAACAAAACAUCUUGCCAACAGCCCAAUGGGUGUUUCCUAUCAGUGAGUCAGUCAAUGCUUUUGAAAUUCAACAUUAAAUACCAUCAAAUCCUUAA